GCGGGUAGAGGGCUGGCAAAGUCUGGAGGGGCAUGGCCAGCGCUGUAGGUUUGGAAGUAGCGGGCACGAACGCCUGAUGGGGGCGUGUUCCCGCGCGAGGGGCGGGGCCCGGGUACGAGGGUGGUGAAAGGGUUCCGGGCGCGCGACUCCCGAGUCCUGGAAAGUGAGCGAGCGGAGAGAUUAGUGCUGUAAAGGAAACGCUCAGGGUUUUAGGUUCCUGUGCAUUAUUUGGCAGCUGAUCAGGAUUUCAAGCUGAGGAUGAUGAUGCUGAACAGCCUGAGAGUUAUUCGGCAAGGGUCCCCCUGCAAAUGGCUGUGGAGGAGGGUCCCGGUUCCCAGAUCCAUGCCGGUGAGACCCUGCAGUCUGUAUACUUGCACCUAUAGAACCCGGAACCGAGCCUUGCAUCCUCUCUGGGAAAGCAUGGACCUUGUUCCAGCAGGUGACAGACAGUCACCCAUUAACAUCCGGUGGAAGGACAGCGUUUAUGACCCGGGCUUAAAACCACUCACGAUCUCUUAUGACCCGACCACUUGCCUGCAUAUCUGGAAUAAUGGAUACUCUUUCCUCGUGGAAUUUGAAGACUCUAAGGAUAGAUCAGUGAUCAAGGGAGGACCUCUGGAACACAACUACCGAUUGAAGCAGUUCCAUUUUCACUGGGGGGCCAUUGAUGCCUGGGGUUCCGAGCACACUGUGGACAGCAAAUUCUACCCAGCAGAGCUGCAUUUGGUGCAUUGGAACGCAGUCAAAUUUGAAAGCUUCGAGGAUGCGGCCCAGGAAGAAAACGGUUUGGCUGUGAUAGGAGUAUUUUUAAAGCUAGGCAAACAUCAUAAAGAGCUACAGAACUUGCUGGACACUUUGCCAUCAAUUAAGCAUAAGGACACCCUUGUGGAACUUGGGUCCUUUGACCCCGCCUGCCUGAUGCCUGCCUGCCCUGAUUACUGGACCUACUCAGGGUCUCUGACUACCCCACCUCUCUCAGAGUCUGUCACCUGGAUCAUUAAGAAGCAGCCAGUAGAGGUCGAUCACGAUCAGCUUGAGCAAUUUCGGACCCUACUCUUCACUUCUGAGGGAGAAAAAGAGAAAAAAAUGGUGGACAACUUUCGCCCCCUUCAGCCCCUGAUGAAUCGCACUGUUCGCUCGUCCUUCCGCCAUGACUAUGUGCUGAACAUACAAGCGAAACCCAAGCCAUCGGCCAGCCAAGUGACCCCCUAAGGUGUCCGUACCUAGGCAAUAUUUUGCUUCUUUUAGCUUUUUAAAACAUUGUUUAAACUAUUUUAAAUACCUGCACUAAUAAUAUUUAUAGAAUAUAUAAUUCUUUUUUGACAUUUCCAAGUCACUACCCUUGUAAGGCUGGAACAGGGAGACAGGAACAAUUGGAAAAUAACUGAUUGGCUAACAUCAGGCUACUUUAGGUGACCAUUUGUUUGUGAGGAUUAAGGCAGAGAGGACUUCAUUACUAUUGCCAAUUGAAACUGGCCCGUUUGGGAAAGUUGGCUGUCAUCUCUCUAAUCUUGCUUUUUGAGAAGGUCAGAUAAGUAAUUUAGUUUCUGUUUGGUAAAGUGGAACUUUAUUUGGUAUGAGUGAUUCCAUUUUGAGUUUGAGCCUGGUCUGCUGCAGCCUAGUACAGCAGCUCAGUUUAAAACAAUGGCCUCCUGUAAUUUUUAUUUAACAAUUUUCCGGUUUUGAUCAGGCUCUCACAGCCUUAGAGUCUUAGUGUCACUCUUAGUUACCAUCAUUUUGGGCUUCAGGUAUUAACAUGUCAUUCAUAGGUUAGAUGUGCAUUUAUUGGCAUGAAAGCGCUUUAUAAAUCUUUGAAAAAUCUAUUUGGUAAACAGAUUCUUUCUUUGGUUGAUAAUAGUACUUAUCACUAAAAUAUCAGCAAGAGGUACAAGUUUCUUUUACAGCAACUUAUUGGUAACUGUAAUGUCUUUUUAUGUCUGACAUUUUUGAGCAUUCUUUUUAUAUUUCCCAGUCAAUAGUCCCAUAGAGUUAUAAGUAGGGAUUAUAUUCAAAAUGUUUAAUAAAUGGUAGAGGUAGAGACACUGAUCACAUAGAACAGCGGCCUUUUAGAAAUGGCCAUAGGGCCCAGACUGGUCCUUUCUGGCUGAAGACUGACCAUGGUUUUAGGUGUACUUUCUUUCAAAAUGGGAAUGUAUAUUCUUUUAUUAGGGUUCCUCAAUAAAUAUGUUUGCUCCACUUUUUAGUUGA